AUGGAAGCCCCGCUGGUCAAGACCGGGCUCUCGUCCGUCGACUCGACGGACGCAGAAGCCAUGGGCGUCAAGACGUUCGGCCCCGUGCUCACGGUCGCCAUGGCGCUCAACUACAUGAUUGGCACGGGCUGCUUUGGGCUGCCGUACGCCUUCUCGAUCGCCGGCAUUGGGCUCACGUCACUCUUUGUGAUCGUCGGCUACAUGGGCGCGCUCAUCACGCAAAACUACACGCUCGAGGCGAUGGCCCGCGCGGAUGGUGUAGCGACGGCGGCGCCCGGUGCGCUGCCGCUGAACCGCCUCACGUUCAACAAGUACGGCUUCUCGCGCAUCGGCGAGAUCUUUGAUGGCAAGCGCGGGUACGUGACCGUGCAGUCGGUGCUCGUGUGCUACUGCCUCGGGUCGCUCUGGUCGUACGCGAGCAUCUUUGCCUCGUCGACCGCGUCCGUCUUCUUCACGUACGUCCUCGACGACGUCUGCGAUGUGUACGCGCCGCACACGUCGAUCGGGUGCAUGGAAGCGUACUACAUCUGCAUGCUCCUCUUCACCGUCAUGACCAUCACGCUCGUGCUCAUGGACCUCGGGGACCAAGCGGUCAUUCAAAAGUUCUUAUCGGCGUACCGCAUCAUCGCGUUUGGCAUCAUGUUUGUCACAAUGGCCUUCAAGCUCAGUGUCGACGGCGCGAGUGCGGUGUCGGACCGCCUCGCGGCGCGCGAGCACUGGGCGUUCAACCUGCGCAACUUUGGUGCGGGCUUUGGCCCGACGCUGCUGGCACUCAACUGCCAGUACAACAUGCCCGACUUGCUCCAGCCGCUCGAGUUUUCCAAGAAGGGCCUCGUGCGCCGCAUCACGUACACCUCGAUUUCGAUCUCGGCGUUUUGCUAUUUCAUGCUCGGUUUCCUCGGCUCGAUCGCGUUCGACAAUGUCAACCCGCUCGCGACCUUGAUGUGGACGGACUUUUCGGGCUGUGGCAACGGCUGGUCCGUCUGCGCAUCGGGUCGCCCGACGUGGUACGGCUCGGUCGUCCACAUCAUUGUCGUCAUGUUCCCCGUCAUGAACGUCGCGUCGUCGUUCCCGAUGAUUGGACUCACGGUCGCCGGCAACAUUCUGCCGUCGCUGCCCAAAGCCAUCACGGCGCCGCUCGGCCCGCGCCGAACCCAGGAUUUUUCGCGCGUCCUAGCGGUCACGCCACCGCUCUUGCUGGCGACGAUCUUCAAGAAGCUCGAUGCGAUCUUUACAUAUGCCGGUAUCCUCGGCUUCGCCAUUGGCCUGAUCAUUCCGUCCUGGUUUCAAGUCGUCAGCGUCAAGUACUGCCGCCGCGUCUACGGCAACACCGAGGCCGAGAAGACGCCAUUUACAGCUCCCGUCUUGAGCUCGCUCGCGUUCUCUACCGGGUUUCUCUACGCCAUGUUUGUGGUCACGUUCGUCGCCGUCGUGUCCCUCUUUGCUUAA